AUGUUGUCACAUUAUCACGUAUCCAGUGGACGGUUACAACUAAACAGCAAGCAGCGUGCAUCGUCACCAGUCGACGACCGCCGGGACAACCCGACGAAAAGGUCCCGCACAACUGUCAAACCCAAGAAAGCCGUCAAGAAUCUUGGCACAUGUUCCAUGGACAAGAAGCAGAUUGGGGACAGCGUCAAAGCAGCACUGGCUUUGAGUAAGUACGCGCUCAAUCGAACACUCCAAAUGGACACGGCCUUCUUCCGCGCAUUCUUCAUCGAUAACAAGGCCCUCGCCAACCCUCUGCAGAUCACGCCCGCAGAGUUCGACGACGCCACCCCCGUCGUCGUCGUGGACGUCGGUCACCACCAAGCCGGCGAGCUGCUUGGUGUCAGCAAGGUCAAGGGAGGAAAUAGGUUCGCCAGGACGUACUUGGCGGCCAUGUGUGUUGUGUUCUACCCAGACAAGGGGAUCGCCAAGCUCUGGCUGUCUGUGUAG